ACAAUUACGCUGUGCAUUAAUUUGUUAAAAUAAAUACUUAAAAAGUGGAAUUGUGAAAAGUGAUUGGAAAAUUGAAUAAUAACAAAGUGCGAAAUAAGUGAAUAACAUAAUAUUUCCAUUCGUAAAACGUUUAUUAAUCAAGAAAACAGCUGUAAAGUGUUGCGUUCCGAUUGUCGUUUUAUAUGUCCAAAACGCGUGCAAGCCUUAAGGCCGUGCAACUAAAGCACGAAUCUACGGAAGAAGAGGAGGACGAGGAGGACCAGCAGCAACCGCGACCACGUCGCAACAUGCAUACAGUUGGUGAAACAGGCAGCGGAGUGCCAGCGUUUUUGGCCAAACUCUGGCGGCUGGUUGAGGAUAGUGAUACAAAUAAUUUAAUUUGUUGGAGCAAGGAUGGACGCAGUUUUAUUAUUCAAAAUCAGGCCCAGUUUGCUCGUGAGCUUCUGCCAUUGAACUACAAGCAUAACAACAUGGCUAGCUUUAUACGGCAAUUGAAUAUGUAUGGCUUUCAUAAGAUCACCUCUAUUGAGAAUGGUGGUCUACGAUUUGAUCGAGAUGAGAUUGAGUUUUCGCACCCGUGCUUUAAGCGCAAUUACCCCUACCUACUGGACCACAUAAAACGCAAAAUAUCCAAUACGAAGACCGUGGAUGAGAAGAGCGUGCUUAAGCAGGAGACUGUAUCGAAAGUGCUUAGUGAUGUAAAAGCUAUGCGUGGUCGUCAAGACAACUUAGACUCUCGUUUUUCGGUGAUGAAGCAGGAGAAUGAAGCCUUAUGGCGCGAAAUAGCCUCGCUUCGCCAGAAACAUGCUAAGCAGCAGCAAAUCGUGAACAAACUGAUACAGUUUCUGAUUUCGAUAGUGCAGCCAUCGCGUAACAUGUCCGGUGUGAAGCGUCAUAUGCAACUGAUGAUCAAUGAUACACCGGAAAAUGCUCGCAAGCGUAAUGCCAGUGAGUCGGAAAGCGAAGGAGGUCCCGUCAUACAUGAGUUAAGCGAGGAGCUGCUUGGAGAGGUUAUGAACCCGAACAGCCCUUAUUCCAAGCAUGAUGGAGAGAGCGUUUCACCAUUAGCUAUGGAGCGCCCACGCUCAAAUGCCAGCAUUACCAGUUCGCAAAAUUAUGACUACUCGAAUCAGAGCGCCGAAGAUUUUAUUACUGCUCAGCUUUUGAAUAGCGGCGAAGCUGCGACCAAUGUUACCCGUUCACCUGGUGGUCAACAGGUGCUUUACACAGUCACCGAGGCACCUGAUUCGCAUGUGCAGGAGCAGCAUUUUCAGUCCAGUCCCAAUAGUGUCUAUAACAGCGAUGACCAGUUAAAUGUGCUCACCACGCCAAUGGUACGAGAGCAAGAAGCACGCAAGCGUCAGCUGCUGAAGGAGAGGAACAAACUCCGCCGGAAUUUGGAUAUUCUUGGACAAGUUGAUUUGGAUAUGUCUCCGAAAUCCACGCGCACGCAUUCUGAAUUAAAUCAGCAGCCAGAGGUGAAUGUAAUGCCUCAACCAGUGUUGGUCAAGACGGAACCGGAGCUGAGCAGUGUAGCUGGGAGUAGCAUGCCUUCUUUGUUGGAACCUGAGUCGAACGAUGCGGAUCUGUACAAUGUAAAUUUUAUAAGCAACGAUAUGCCAACGAACAUUUUUGAGGAUGACUCAUUGAUGUCCACCACUGGCAUGGAAGAGCAAGCUUCCAAACUGGAUCAACAGCAACAGUUUGGACGCACUACAGUAAAUAGCGGAAAGUUUGCCGAUAUGCCGAUCACCUUUGAUUUGACCAACAGUAACACUGAUAACCCUUUGGUAACUGAUGCCAAUUUGGCGUCUACUUCGAAAGCCGCUGCAGCUGCCAAGGAUAUAAACAAUGAACAACAACAACAGCAGCAGCAACAGCAAGCAAUGGCCGUUGCCAAGUACACAGGCGAUAAUGGAAACGAUUCUCGAAUAACUGGAUUGGAUGACGUUUCCGGUCACUUGGAUAGCAUGCAAGACGAGCUUGAGACACUGAAAGAUCUUCUACGCGGUGAAGGCGUUUCUAUUGAUCAGAACAUGCUAAAAGGCCUGUUCAAUGAUUCGGAUGUCUUGGAUAACUAUGGCCUAUCCUUUUUAAAUGACAACAUGGUCGGCGAUAAGAAAGCAAAUAGCGGCUCUGAGCUAAUGGCAUAUCAGCCCAAUAUGUAUGAUCUCUCUGACAUUUUGGACACAGAUGAUAACAACAAGCCAAGUCAGGAUGUUAUCAAUGGGCGUGAAUUGCAGACUCAGAGUUCUGUCCUGAAUACCCCGCGCCACAAUUUGUAGAUAACUUUAGACAAUAAGAAUUAGUUAUAGGAGCAGCUCAAACAGAACAUGGGCGAACAAAUUGUUUUUACAAUAUUUUAAUUUCAUACAA